AUCUAGCCAUGUGUUUCCAGCCGCCACCAGAGUGAUGAAGUGAAGGUGAGUCUCGCUGCUCAAUAUCACUUGGCCUCACUUCACCAUCAUUCGCGCCAGAGACGCAUAAGUAUCCUGCUCCCCACCAUUACUCAUCUAAUAUCUUUCUCUCUCGCAAUCUGAACAAUAUCACUCCCUACAGCAACACUUCCGCACUCACAAACAAUCCAAAACCCAAACACACAUCACACCAACACCAACAUGCCACCCAAGAAAGCAGCAGCCAACGGCGAUACCAGCGAGGCAGGCGGCAAAUUCACAUGGGAGGGUCCCAACGACAGCAAGCUCCUCCUACUGAUCCAAGGCCGCUACGUCAAGCCCGAAGAGUACGAGACUCUCUCCACAGCGUUCCCCGGAACAACCGCCGGCUCAAUCCGCAACCGCAUCUCCGCACUCCGCGUCAAGCAGCGCACUCUAUACGAUGAUCUCAAAUGGGAGCUACCCGAAGGCGGCGCGGGCCACUCGGCGAAGAAGAAGAAGCGCGAGCUCUCUGGUGCGGAGGAGGGUACGCCGACGAAGAAGGCUAGGGUUAAGAAGGGGAAGGGGAGUGAUGGUGAGGGUGGGACGCCGGCGAAGAAAAGCGGUGGGGUGAAGCGGGGGAAGAAGGUGCAGGAGGAGGUGAAGAUGAGUGAUGGGGAUGAGGAGAUGGAGUUGGAGAUGCAGUUUGAUAUGGAUGGGGCUGUGAAGAGGGAGGUUGAUGAUGAGGGGGAGGAGGUUUAG